GAUCCUAGAAAAUCACCAAUCCGCACAACUUCUCUGCAGACCGGUGUGUUAUGAUGUGAUGGCGGUUCUACCAGUCCGCUCAAGGAAAGUCAAGUGGACCCUCUGCUUCUUGCAGUCUUUACUGCUCUUCGAAACUACUACUGCAGCGCAAUCUAUAUUGCAUGGCUCGGAGGGUGGUGCCGACGCAACAACUCAUCGCAUUCCCCCCCAAGAAUUUAUUCGCUUCAUUGAUUUUGCAAUAUCUAGAGAUUGUACCAUGCAUACUCUCUGCCUAUCAAUUUGGCGUUGCAUUAGCAGGAAAUAUCCAAUAUAGGUGUCAGGCGUCGAUUAAUUCGAUCUGCAUUAUCGGUAGUUGACUUUCAAACCCCGAAUGCAUUAUAACCAAAG